AUGACUACAAACGAGUCUAAUGAUACAGACGAGUUGGAGUUUCACGUCCGCGCGGAUAUAUCGAGAGAGGAAGAUAUUCUAGAAGAAGAUAGCUUAUCCAUUCAGACUAAUCAUCAUGGUAUCAGUAGACCAAGUAAGAGGAAUAGGGAUAAUGAUAUGGAAGAAGUUUGGACCACCGUGCAAAGGAAAGGCAAGCGUUUCGCUCUGGCAGGGGAUUCAAAUGGUAAUAGCGAAACAAGAGAACAGAAGAUUGAGGUUUGCAUUAUAUGUAAGGAACAACUACCAAAACAAUUUAAACUAGCGAAAUUACUAAGAGCAGAAAAAAUACAAAAUGUUGUGCGGGUUAAGUAUAUUAAUUCAUAUAAAGUACUGAUUGAGUUUGAUAAAGAAGAAAGUGCAGAAGAAUUAGUAAAUUCAAAAUAUUUCAAUGAAAUGGGAUACAAUACUUAUAAAACAAUGGAAAUUAAUCGAGUAUAUGGAGUAAUUAAAGAUAUUGAUUUGGAUCGUUCAGACGAAGAAAUUUUGGAGAGUUUAUAUAGUACUACAAAGAUUUUGGAAAUUAAAAGACUUAAACGCAAAAAUAAAUAUGAUGGAAGAUGGGAGACAAGUGAAGCGAUGAGAAUCUGCUUUGAAGAAGUCGAGGCGGUUAUAGAAGAGCCUAUUACUUCAAAGUCUUAUGCUGAAGCAACAAAAGUAUCACAUAAAAAGUCAAAGAAGAAAUCAACUAGUAAUACGUCUACAUAUAAAUCAGUUAAAGCGAACAAACAAAAGACAACAGAGAACGUUAAUUUACAGAUUAUAGAAGACAUAGAAUUUUUAUCGGAACCAGAGAGUAAUCUAAAUGAAGAAGAGUUGGGACAACAACAUGAAGAUGGAGACAAAAUCCAAAAUAACGAAGACGACAAAUGGAAAGUGUUACUUCAAAAAUUAAGGGAAAAGAUUGUGGAUAAUACUUUAAAAUGGGAAGAAAACUCUUUACGGAACAUGGAUCUUAAAAAUAACGAACACAAGUUAAAUAUUAUACAAUGGAAUGCACAAAACUUGAGACCCAAAUUAACAGAAUUCGGACUACUCCUGAAUCAGGAAAAAAUACACAUCGCCAUUGUGAGUGAGACAUGGCUUGACCCAAAUAGUUUUCUGGCCAUAAGUGGUUACAAAAUUUUUCGAUCAGAUCGCAGAGAUGGUUAUGGUGGAGUGGCCAUUAUUGUACACUGGUCCAUUAAAGCUCAACAACUGCCAUUCAACAUUGAAAAUUCAGGAAUAGAGUGUGUAUAUGUUAAAAUAUUUAAUUGCGGAGAUAUAGAAAAUAUUAUAUCUUUAUAUUGUCCACCUGCAGUUAAUACUUUGCCUCAAGACUGGAGCUCAAUAUUUUCAAAAUUUAGACAAGGAACAGUGUUAGCGGGAGACUUUAACGGUCAUCAUUGUAUGUGGUCUUGUAAAAGCGAUGCCAGAGGUGUACAAAUUUAUGAUUCAUUAUUAGAAUCUAGCUUUAUUUCCCUCAAUGACUGUCAGGACACUCGUUUGAAAAUGGUUAAUGGCUCAAUACAAAAGUCUUCUCCAGAUAUAUCUUUAGUUACAGAAGAUAUUGCAAUUAAAUUUAAUUGGAACAUCAUGAAUGAAAAUUUAGGCAGUGACCAUUUAAUGAUAAAAAUGAAAGUGGAAACCAACUCAAGUUUUUAUAAUAUGGCCAGGAAAAGAAAUUUCAAAAAAGCUGAUUGGACAAAGUAUAGCAUAUCUGUCGAAAGACAACUUAAUAGGUGUACACUCCCAAUAGAUAAUCAAGAGGCAUAUAAUUUUUUUAUCAACACUAUUAACGCAGCUGCAGACGAAGCUAUUCCAUACAUUAAUAUCUGUAUGUGUCCAAUGAGUGCAUCUAAAUUAUUCCUAAGCCUUACUGGUCACCAUAUAUCUCUCACGUUGUGGCGAAAAGACGAUUGGCUU